AUGCUCAGAACAUCUGCCAGACUCUCCAGAACCGCAUUCAGAGCAAGGACUCUCUCCGGCAGCCCAACAGCAACGGGAAACACUGUUAGAUCCCUAUCCACUUUAAAGGUUGUCCGGUCUAAUGCCAUCUCCAAUGCCACUAGGGCGCCUGUUAUUGGUGGCGUUGCAGCUCUCCAGUCUAGGAGAUUCUCCUGUGCCACCUCGUGGAGGGCGCCACAGGUUGUCAAGGUGCCCGAGAUGGCGGAAUCCAUCACCGAAGGUACCUUGUCCUCCUUCUCCAAGGAUGUUGGCGAAUACAUCAACCAGGACGAGUUGUUGGCCACUAUUGAGACCGACAAGAUCGAUGUUGAGGUGAAUGCGCCGGUCUCAGGUACCAUCACCGAGCUCUUGGUUUCUCCAGAUGACACUGUCACGGUUGGCCAGGAAAUUGCAAAGAUUGAACCUGGUGCAGCACCUUCAGGUGCUGCUGCUGCUGCUCCUAAGGAUGCCAAGAAGGACGAAGCACCAAAGAAGGACGAAGCACCAAAGAAGGACGAAUCACCAAAGAAGGAAGAAUCACCAAAGAAGGAAGAAUCACCAAAGAAGGACGAAAAACCAGCUCCUCAGAAGGCGCAAACAUCCUCUCCUGCUGCAGCUUCCAAAUCAUCCAAUGGUAAUGUCCCUGAACACAUCAAUCCAUUUGGUAACUUCUCUAGAUCCGAGGAAAGAAUCAAGAUGAACAGAAUGAGAAUGAGAAUUGCAGAAAGAUUAAAGGAAGCACAAAAUACCGCUGCCUCCUUGACAACCUUCAACGAAAUCGAUAUGUCAUCAUUGAUGGAAAUGAGAUCGUUGUACAAGGACGAGUUUGUAAAGAAAACCGGUGUCAAGAUGGGUUUUAUGGGUGCCUUCUCUCGUGCUUCCGCUUUGGCAGCUAAGGAUAUUCCGGCUGUCAAUGGUGCAAUCGAAAAUGGUAACACCAUGGUCUUCAGAGACUACAUGGAUCUUUCAAUCGCCGUUGCAACUCCAAAAGGUUUGGUCACUCCAAUCGUCAGAAACGCAGAAUCCUUAUCAAUUUUGGAAAUUGAAAAUGAAAUUUCCAACCUAGGUAAGAAGGCUAGAGACGGUAAGUUGACCUUGGAAGAUAUGACCGGUGGUACCUUCACCAUCUCUAAUGGUGGUGUCUUUGGCUCCUUAUUUGGUACUCCUAUCAUUAACAUGCCUCAAACCGCUGUCUUAGGUUUGCACGGUAUUAAGAACAGAGCAGUCGUUGUUAAUGGAAAGGUCGAAUCCAGACCAAUGAUGUACGUUGCAUUGACUUAUGACCACAGAAUGUUGGAUGGUAGAGAGGCUGUCACUUUCUUAAGAACCGUUAAGGAGUUGAUUGAAGACCCAAGAAAGAUGUUGUUGAUGUAA